AUGGACAUGUCGCCGAAGAUCGUGCGAUCCGUGUUAUCUCCACCGGAGGUAUAUAAAGCGGCAAGUUUUGGUUCCGACGGAGACUGUACAGUUUGUAUAUGGUCGGACGACCUCUCUGCCCUGCGAGCUCCAAUGGUUGCUACUAGCGUGAAAUCCACAGCCAAGGCCUCGAGCAAUUCUUCUUUAUCCCAGGAGUGGGAUGUGGCCGAAAAGACGAUCGCCGAGCCAAAAAACUGGUUCGAGCGGUUGGUGCGGUUUCUGGAGGUCAAGCAGCGGCACGGGGGUUCUGCAACGCGCGCAGAGGGCAUCGUCGAGUCGUUUUUGUACAGCGAUGAUCUGGCGCCAGUGGAAGCCAAGCGGCGUUCGUGGACGUGGAAGCAGUUUGUGUACUUUUGGAUCUCGGGUGCGUUCAACGUGAACACCUGGCAGAUCUCGGCGACGGGGCUGCAGUGCGGGCUGAACUGGUGGCAGACGUGGAUUUGUGUGUGGGUGGGCUACACGCUGGUGGCCGUGUUCUUGGUGCUUGGGUCGCGUGUGGGUAACAUUUACCAUAUCGCCUUCCCGAUCUCCUCGAGAGUGACUUUUGGUACCUACUUCUCUGUUUGGAUCGUUAUUAACCGUGUUGUAAUGGCAUGUGUCUGGUACGCGACUUUGGCCUGGCUUGGUGGAAAAUGUGUGCAGCUCAUGCUGCUCUCAAUUUUUGGGAAUGAUCUCGCGGAGCGUCUCGGAGACCACAUUCCAAGCCAAAACUUGAAUGACUUUGAGAUGUUGUGCUACAUUUUGUUUUGGCUAUUCAGUUUGCCGUUCCUGUGGUUGCCGCCGCAUUCCCUGCGCUAUCUGUUUGCCGCGAAGUCUGUCAUCACGCCAUUCGCAGCUUUUGGCUUCUUGAUUUGGGCCAUCAAAAAAUCUAACGGGAACUUUGCUCUUGGCAACUUGGUGGAAAGCAAGUCCGAUGUGACUACCGCUUGGGCAGUUAUUCGUGCUUUGAUGAGUGCCUUGGAUAACUUCUCUACUUUAGUUCUAAACGCCCCCGACUUUUCUCGUUUUGCUAAGAGUCCAAAGUCCUCCAUCUACUCCCAGCUUAUUAUUCUACCCAUUGUGUUCUCUACAAUCUCCUUGAUUGGUAUUUUGGUCACAGCAUCCACUUACACCAUUUAUCAUGUGAACGAAUGGGAUCCUCUAAAGACGCUGGGUAGAUUUCUGUCGGGUUAUAGCAAAGGUGACCGUGCAGGUGUUUUCCUAAUUGCUGUAAUUUUCUGCUUUGAUCAGUUAGGUGCUAAUCUAGCAAAUAAUGCUAUUCCAGCAGGUACUGACAUGACUGCUCUGCUGCCAAAGUUCGUGAAUAUUAGACGUGGGUCGUACAUCUGUGCUUGUCUGGCUUUGGUGAUUUGUCCUUGGAAUCUGCUUUCGGGUUCGGAAACUUUUGUGAACGCACUCUCGGCAUAUGCAGUGUUCUUGUCUGCUAUUGCUGGUGUGAUUUCGGCCGACUACUACAUUGUUAGGAAAGGUUACGUUAACCUGAAGCACUGUUACAGCAACAGGCCAGAUUCCUACUACAUGUACAACAAGUACGGUACCAACUGGAGAGCUGUGGCUGCUUAUGUUAUCGGCAUUGUACCGAACUUCCCUGGCUUCCUGGGUUCGCUUGGCGUAAGUGUUCCUAUUGGAGCAACGAAGGUCUACUACUGCAACUACUUUGUUGGAUACUUUGUUUCCGCAAUUGUCUACCUAAUACUAGUGCAUUUCUUCCCAGUUGCCGGCAUUCCAAACAAUGCCAAGCUAUUCGACUUCUCCCAGUGGCACGAGGAGUGGCAAGAGGUCGAAAACUUUUCUGCAGAAAGGCUGCAGUACGAGAAGUAUGGUGAUGAAGCCGUCGCCACUGGUUUUGAGAUAAAGCAGCAGGUUUAA